ACGAAACCCUCCGUCAAUCAGGGCGGACAAUCCCAGUGAGGCAGCGGUGAGCGGCGGCUGGCUGCAGUACAGAGAUGUGAGGAAAUAUUUUGCCAGGCCAUUAAAUCGGCAUCUGGGCAGGCCAGGUGAUGAAUUGCCAGAAAUCCAGCUCUGCAGUCCGAGCCCAGUCACUCUGUCUGUGCUUGAGUGAUUAGCAUGGCACCCAUCAUGGAGGGCACGCACACCGUCUUGCUCCUGUAUGCGCCCAUCCGUGAGCUGAGCAACAUCAGCCUGUAUUUCCCCAAGAGGCAGGCCCCGAGCUUCAAGUACAGGAGCCGCGCCCCUCAUUUGGAAAGGGCCAGUAAUGACCAUGACUGGGGAAAGGAGGAUCUCGCGGUGUCUGAACAAAGGGGCCAGUCUUCCAACUCCUCAGGCAAACUCCUCAACUCCCAGCAGGCAACAAAGGAAGCUGUUGCAGAGCUCUGCUGGCUGGCGGCAGAGCACCACCAGCUGCUGGCGGAUCUCUUAUCGCUGUGCAGGGAUUGUGCCAGGAAAGUCAGGAUGGGUAACCAGGAUGGGAAACUCCAGGAUUACAUGGAGGGUCAGGAGGUUCACCUUGGAGGUCAGGUUCUCAGCAGCAGCAGCAACUAUUCUCUCACCGUGUCUCCAGAGCACAAGAGAACCACAUCCAAGAGCAAGAAGAUGAAAAAGUUGGGAAGCAAAACGCGUGACAGUGCUGAGGAUUUCCUACACAGUAAGAUGAAGAAGAAAGUUACUAGUGGAACUUCGGGUGUUGAACUUCCUGCUCAGAACAGUGUGUCCAUAUCUGCAGCUUCAGUAGUGGAACAGAUCACAGGUAUCCCAGCCUCUGUCCACGUCUCUGACAGCCCAGUCACCGGAUCUUAUGUCAGUGCUGUCAGUAAUCCCAUCCUGCCAAUGGAGGAACCCUUCCAGAUCGCUCGUGAGGGCUGGGACUUCAUGGAAGACAACCGGACAUUUGAUGCUGACAUGUAUUUCUGCAAUGACUUCUCAGAGUAUGACAGCGAGCUGGGUUAUGAGUCGUCUUCUUGUAGCCUGAUUGAAGGGCUGACCCGACGGGAGAGUGGGAGCAACCUUCGACCAAUUAAGAGGUUUGAUUCUCCGUUCGAGACGUUAUCUGAUGACGCAUCAACAGUCAAGUCCGCUCAGCAGCUGUACAGCGAGAUCAAUCAGAGGAGUACAGGGGUCAGGGUGGUGGCUAAGGUGCAGGAUGUAGAGGGGAAGGUGCAACAUGUCAGCCAUGCAAGCCUAGAUAGGGAAGGGCCAGCUGAGUGGAGAGGGCCAAACACAGAUCACCUGCUGAGAGUCAGUAGGGAAAAGACAGGUAACAGGCACUCUGAGGGGCUACGGUUGCCCCUGUCAAACACUACCAAUCCCUCACCCCCAGCCAAAUCCCACCUAAAGAGCCCCUCUUCUCCUUCUCUCGCCGGGGUCUUCAACACAUCUUUCCCUGCCUCAAACAGCCUCCAGAGCAUGUCCCCAGUCCUGUCCCCUCUGUCUUCUAAGCAGGCAAGCCCACAGCUCAACCACCGCAUUGUGCUGCUAUCCGACAAGGACAUAGACCCAGACAAAGACAGCUCCAGUAACACAGAUGAGUCCAAACUCUUCACCGAGGUCAUUGACAAGAAUGGCAACAAGCGGACCGUCACCCGUCUGGACCUGAACCUCAGCAGGCGGCCGAGCAACUCCAAGUGGAAUUCCUCCAGCAACUCCACGACAACAGAGGACUCCCUCUUGCGUCAGGAUGAUAUUUGGAUGCUGGAUGGAGAUGACCCUCAGGAGGCCCCUUCCCGCGUCCCACGCCCUGAUCACCUUGACUUCCUACGCAUCACACCGCCCGAGGAUGACAUCAUCGGGGACACUCCCUACUAUCCCAAGCUGGAGUGCACGACAGAGGUCACGUCACCUACAGACAGUGAAGACCGCACACCAGGGCGGCUGCAGGCCGUGUGGCCCCCACCCAAACCUAAAGAUGAGGAGGAGAAGGUGGGGCUCAAGUACACCGAGGCAGAGCACCAAGCUGCCCUCUUGCAGCUGAAGAGAGAGUGCAAGGAAGACCUGGAGAGGAUGCAUUCCGACUUUGAGCUUAAGAUCUUCCAGCUGCGAGGUGAGCAUGCCGUCUCGCUGUCACACCUCGAGGGAGUCAUCGCUAAGAUGCAACAAGACAGGUCAUACAACAUGGGUCAGGAGCGCGGCGAGGUCCGUGACGUCGGCGUGUCCACCUCAGACGAUCUGAUGCCCAAGACCUGCCGCACCGUGGGUAUCCAGACGGACAGGGAGACCUUCAUCAAGAGCCCUGAUGGCGAGGGUGGCGGGAUUGCUCAAAGCCCCAACCAGAACGUGCCCAAAAAACUCAACUUAGACUCUAUUGGUCUGAAUCUAAAGGGCGAAGCGGCCCCUGGACCAGCUGGACCAGCCCCGCCACCUCCUCCUCCUCCUCCGCCUCCUCCUCCUCCUCCCCCACCAGGCCUUGCAGGGCCACCACCACCACCACCCCCCCCUCCUCCUCCUCCCCCUUUACCAGGCAACGCAGGAGCGCCGCCACCACCACCCCCUCCACCUCCUCCUCCUCUCCCUGGAGGUGGCCCACCGGCCCCUCCACCUCCGCCUCCCCCUCCUGGCCUACCUGGAGCCGGUCGACCACCUCCUCCUCCUCCAGGCAUGGGCCCUCCACCUCCUCCCCCUAUGGGAGGGUUCGGUUUUGGCCAGAAAGUGGAGAAAGCCCCGCGGAAGCCUGCCAUCGAGCCAACCUGUCCCAUGAAGCCUCUGUACUGGACCAGGAUACAGAUACAGGACAAUAACAACAACACGCUGUGGGGGUCUCUGGAGGAGCCAAACAUCGUCAACACCAAUGAAUUUGAGGAUCUGUUCUCCAAGGCCACGCUACAGCCGAAGAAGAAACCCCUGUCUGAUACCUUUGAGAAGAAAGCCAAAACUAAGAAGAUUAUCAAGCUGCUGGAUGGGAAGCGUUCACAAGCAGUCGGCAUCCUCAUAUCAAGCCUGCAUCUGGAGAUGAAGGACAUUCAACAAGCUGUUCUUACUGUGGACAACUCUGUGGUGGAUUUGGAGACCAUUGAGGCUUUAUAUGAAAAUAGGGCCACCAGUGACGAGAUGGAAAAGAUAAUGAGACAUUAUGAGAAAUCUAAAGAAGAUGAAGUCAAACUGUUGGACAAACCUGAACAGUUUCUCUAUGAGCUCUCCCAGAUUCCUGACUUUGCCGGUCGGGCCCACUGUAUCAUCUUCCAGUCAGUGUUCCUCGAUACCAUCUCCUCCAUCCGUCGCAAGGUGGAGAUUAUCUCCAAUGUCAGCAAAGAGCUGCUAGAGUGCAACAGUUUGCGGGAUGUAAUGGGUCUUGUUCUGGCCUUUGGGAACUAUAUGAAUGGAGGGAACAGGACAAGAGGUCAGGCUGAUGGCUUUGGACUAGAGAUCCUCCCCAAACUAAAGGAUGUCAAGAGCAGGGACAAUCAUAUCAAUCUAGUGGAUUACGUGGUUUUAUACUACCUUCGGAACUUUGACAAGCAUGCCGGUACAGAAAAGAGUGUGUUCCCUAUGCCUGAGACUCAGGAUUUCUUCCAGGCUGCUCAGGUUAAGUUUGAAGACCUCACCAAGGACAUCAGGAAGCUGAAGAGAGAUCUAACAGCCUGUGAGAAGGAGGUGCAGAAGGUGUGCGCUAACUCGACAGAAGAAAACCUCCAGCCCUUCCAGGACAAGAUGGAGGGAUUCAUCUCUGCAGCUCAAAAGGACCAUUCAGCUGAAGAGGACCGGCUCAAUUCAGCCCAGAAAAGUUUCCAGGACAUGGUGAGCUACUUCGGGAUUAAGCCCAAAUCCGGGGAGAAAGAAGUGGCCCCGAGUUACGUCUUUAUGCUCUGGUACGAGUUUUGCACUGACUUUAAGAACACCUGGAUACGACAAAACAAGAACAUCUCCAAGGAGAGGUUGAAGGAAGCUCAAGAAAACAUCAAGAAGAUCACAGCAGAGAAGAGAGUCGAAACCAAGAAGAUCAAUGCCAACAGUCUGAAAGAAAGGCUGCGGCAGAAGGAAGCCAGCGUGUCCUCCAGCUGAAAUGACGAGCGAGAAAGCAGAAGAAGAAACGAGGAGCGGGCGGUGGUGACAGAGGGGAGAAGAUCUCAGAUGUGAAACGUGUGCAGGCCUCAUCCCUCCUGCGUUUACCACCUGCCUCAAAAAACACUAGACUGCCCUCUGUGCCCCCGUACAAACUCGCAAUAAAACCUCACUGGACUCUUAAUACUCCCACUGCCGUAUCUCUGAGCUUACUAACAGCACUGGACAACCCCACCCACACACCCACCCUCAUGUCGAGCCUUUUGGGUAAAAGCUCCUGCACCGAGGAUGCAUGGCUGACACAGCCCAAAUGAUGAGAGUCUUAAAGGCUAAAGGUUAACCUCAUUCAUCCAGCAUGGCGUGACCCCUGAGUGCCCAGCUUGUGAAAGGUCUCAGCGGGUCAGUGGGAUUCACAGCAGUGCCAGCUGACACAUCCACAAGAUUCCUUCUGGAUCUCCUGAAGAGCUGAAAAUCCAUUCUUUUCAGGACUGCAGGCAUUACCUGAGACAGCAUAUGUGUGUUGUAAAUGCUCCAACAUAUUCAGAGUGUUAAGAUGUUGUUGCUGUUCCUGGCGAUUUCUGCUCAGAGGAAAAUCCCUGUUGACAAAACAGAUCUUUCUCCCGGAGCAGCAGUAAGAAAGAAAGCAGCUUGCAGUGUCCUCUGCUGUAGCCAAUAGCCGUCCAUUCACCAUGGCUCAUUAAAAGUCUUGUAAAUAUGUCAUGUUGUAGAAUCAGCAGGGACCGUGCAGCUUCGAGGAGUAUGAUGAAUGAUCUGCGCUGGGCUUCAAGGGCAGAUGAAGACAUGUUGCAUAUAAAAGCGAGUGUGCGUACGAAAUCUGUACGUGGAGGUUUCACUUUAUUGUGUGUUUUCACUGCACCAGGCUGACCUCUCCUGGGUGACGGCCAGAGAAGAGAAGAGCAGAACCCGCUGGCGAGUCUGGUCCCCCUGAGCCUCGGACCCUUCACACACACAGACAUGCGCACACACACGCGCGCGCACACACAUUUACUUAAAAACAUUAGAAGAACAAAACAAGAUUUGGCCACGCACCCUUUCACCCGAGAAUCAAAAUACAAAGUUGUUAAAUCCCUCCAUCGAGCGCUGUACGUCACGUCGUUUCCAGCACGGGUUUAAGCACUUUCCUGCUUGCAGUAGCUGUACAUUGUAGCUCGCUAUCAGCCGCACUCCCAUGUUAUGCUAACUGCCUGCAUUUUUUUGGAUGUCUUGCACUUUUUUGCACCUCUUUUCCUAUGCAAGAGUAUGGUUUCCUUGUUAAAUAUUUAUACUUGUAUUGCCUGAAAUCCUAUUAGAAUUUUUUUUGUUUGUUUGUUUGUUUCUAGGAAAGUGUAUUAACCUUGAUGUUUUAUUUUGAAGAAUUUAAGCUGUAACCACACUCCUGUAUCAUUCAAGAAAAGUAUAUUUAUGUAGGGAAAGUUUAUUUUAUGCCAAAAAGAAAAGAAACGCUAGCUUUGAUCCCUUUGAGGCUGCAUUUUUAUGAGUUGUAAUCAAAUUGACUGAGAAGCUGCCUGAUACGUCAGUCAGAUCAGAUGAAAGAUAUAUUUUGGAGUAAUUUGCAUAGAAUGAAGACAGUUGCCUUUUUCCUGUUUAAUUUCGGAGAGAUGAGGGUUGAAUUUUGGGUAUUUAGAACGUGUAAGCAUAUCACCUGAAGCCAUGCCAGUUGCUAUACCUCAGACAGACAGAUAUAUAUCAGAGUAUAUCCAUAAAACUCCACCUUGAAUUGCUUUUUUUUAACCCUCCACAGUCUUUUCAUGUGUGCCAUUUAUUUUGUAUUGGAAAAAAAAUCUAAAGAUAUUUCAUAACUUUAAACUGCUAUGUUUUACUUCAGAGGGUUUGAAAAACAAACAGA